UACUCGAUACAGCUAUAGAAAUAUCUAAUGCUAUUUAUCCAUAUAACAAAUUGCAAAGUUUACACUCGGAUUCUGACAUUACUUAUUUUAGUAAUCCAUGUUAUUAUCUAGUUUAAACCUUGCUACAAAUCCUAUUAACUCAGCAGUUGUGAUUCAUUUAUAUUUUUUCAUACUACAACAUAGUAUCUUUGACAUUACAGAAUCAAGAAAAGUUAAGAAGGCGCUCCCAGAAUUUAUGCAUGUACUGUGCAUCAGAAGAGCAUACUGUCAAGGCCUGUCCCAUUCUCCAGAAACAGAAUAAGGACACAGCCAGAGCACUGAGAGAUAUCAGGUAUUUCUGUAACUGGAGUGAAUAAGGGAACCUUCUUGCAGACCAAAGAUAUUGGAGCCUGUUAUCAGCAUGAACUCAUAUGUGUUAGACAAACACCUGAAUAGUUCUUAUCCAUCCUUCACUACAGGAAGCAUCAGAAUAAUACCACAAACUCCUAAAGUCUUAGACACCAAUAACUAUUCACAAACAUUGGGGAUAUCACAGCAAAUAGUUAAAGACGAUGUUGAAUUGGCAGGAACUGGGCAGCAAUCAUUAUGUACAGAGAGUAAUUUAGUCAUCAAACAAGAGGACAACAUUUAUGCCUUAUCUAGUGAAAUUGAUAUCCCAGAAGAUAAACCACACACAUUUACUGAGUUUUCAAAACAUAUUAAAGAAGGGAAAAGUCUACAGUCUAACCAAAUGAUUCAUACAAAGGAGAAAUAUAUCACAUGUACAGAAUGUGAGAAAAUCUUCAAAUUGAAGUCAAAUCUUUUAAAACACCAGAAAAUUCACACUGUUGAGAAGCCUCACACAUGUGCAGAGUUUGUCAAAUGUUUUAUACAAAUGACAAAACGUAUAGGUCAUGAGACGACCCACACAGGGGAAAAAACGUUCACAUGUAUAGAGUGUAGAAAAAGUUUUACACAUAAGAGUGGUCUGAAAAAGCAUGAAAGGAUUCACACAGGAGAAAAGCCUUUCACAUGUACAGAGUGUGAAAAAAGUUUUACAAUAAAGAGUGAUCUGAAAAAGCAUGAAAUGAUUCACACAGGAGAAAAGCCUUUCACAUGCACAGAGUGUAGAAAAAGUUUUACACAUAAGAGUGAUCUGAAAAAGCAUGAACGGAUUCACACAGGAGAAAAGCCUUUCACAUGUACAGAGUGUGGAAAAAGUUUUACAAUAAAGAGUGAUCUGAAAAAGCAUGAAAGGAUUCACACAGGAGAAAAGCCUUUCACAUGUACAGAGUGUGGAAAAAGUUUUACAGAAAAGGGUAGUCUGAAAAAUCAUGAAAGGAUUCACACAGGAGAAAAGCCUUUCACAUGUACAGAGUGUGGGAAAUGUUUUACAAUAAAGAGUAAUCUGAAAAAGCAUGAAAGGAUUCACACAGGAGAAAAGCCUUUCACGUGUAAAGAGUGUGGGAAAUGUUUUACACAAAUAAAUAGUCUGAAAACUCAUAAAAGGAUUCACACAGGAGAAAAGCCGUUCACAUGUACAAAGUGUGGGAAAUGUUUUACACAAAUAAUUAGUCUGAAAAUUCAUGAAAGGAGUCACACAGGAGAAAAACCUUUCAUUUGUGCAGAAUGUGGGAAAAUGUUUGCAGACAAGACAACUUUCCAAAGACACCAACUUAUUCACACAGGGGAAAAAACGUUCACAUGUACAGAGUGCGGAAAAAGUUUUACAAUAAAGAGUCAUCUGAAAGAGCAUGAAAGGAGUCACACAGGAGAAAAGCCGUUCACAUGUACAGAGUGUGGAGUACAGUUUUCACAAAAGUGUAAUCUCAUAACCCACAAAAGGAUUCACACAGGAGAAAAACCUUUCAUUUGUGCAGAAUGUGGGAAAAUGUUUGCAGACAAGACAACUUUCCGAAGACACCAACUUAUUCACACAGGGGAAAAAACGUUCACAUGUACAGAGUGUGGAAAAAGUUAUUCACGAAUUGGUGAUCUGAAAAUUCAUGAAAGGAGUCACACAGGAGAAAAGCCGUUCACGUGUACAGAGUGUGGAAAAAGUUUUACAAUAAAGAGUCAUCUGAAAGAGCAUGAAAGGAGUCACACUGGAGAAAAGCCGUUCAUGUGUACAGAGUGUGGAGUACAGUUUUCACAAAAGUGUAAUCUCUUAACCCACAAAAGGAUUCACACAGGAGAAAAACCUUUCACAUGUACAGAGUGUGGAGUACAGUUUUCACAAAAGUGUAAUCUCUUAACCCACAAAAGGAUUCACACAGGAGAAAAACCUUUCAUUUGUGCAGAAUGUGGGAAAAUGUUUUCAGACAAGACAACUUUCCGAAGACACCAACUUAUUCACACAGGGGAAAAGCCGUUCACAUGUAAAGAGUGUGGAAAAAGUUAUUCACGAAUGGAUAUUCUGAAAACUCAUGAAAGGAUUCACAAAGGAAGAAACCUUUCACAUAUUUAGAAGCUGGAAAAAAGUUUCUAUGCAGGUCAGGUAUCACAAAACACAAACUAUUUACACACAAAAGAAACUUUAUAAACAGUGUAGAAACAUUUUCUGAGUAUCCUAAAGAGUAUAAACUCUUAAAAUAGAAGAGUCAAGAAAGGAUCCUAUUGUAAAUAAUAGUUUCUAAUUCCCAGUUACAAAAGCCACUACAAUGAUUGACAUCUGGGAGAUAUAUUUAAUGUGCACAUCAUGUGGAUAAACCUUUUCUUAUAGCAAUAGAUGCUUAGCAUUGUUCACGUUAUAUACAAGAGGAAUUACUGAGGGGAAACUGAUUUUAUUUCAUGAGACACAAUAUCAGUAACCGGUACAUACGUGAUCAUUCACCCCAAAGCACCCCCAGUGUUGUUUAUUAAUAUGCCAGUGUUAGGAGUUGUACGUUUGUUUUACAUAGGGGAGGAAAUAAUUACAUUUACAGAAUAAAGGAGUCUUUAUAUGAAUAGAAUGUUAAAGAAUUAUAUAAACAAGAAUAUCAGUCUCAAAUGAUUGACAUCUGAGAGAUAUUUAAUGUGCACAUCAUGUGGAUAAACCUUUACUUAUAGCAAUAGAUACUUAGCAUUGUACAUGUUAUAUACCAGAGGAAUUACUGAGGGGAAACUGAUUUAAUUAAUGAGACACAAUAUCAGUAACACAAAUUGAUUGAUCAAGCAAUGUAAUGAAAUGAGAGCAGGUUUAAAGGGACAGUCAACACCAGAAUUGUUGUUGUUUUAUAAGAUAGAUAAUCCCUUAAUUACCAAUUCCCCAGUUUUGCAUAACCAACACAGUUAUAAUUAUACACGUUUUACCUCUGUAAUUACCUUGUAUCUAAGCCUCAACAGACUGCCCACUUAUUUCAGGACUUUUGACAGACUUGCAUUUUAGCCAAUCAGAGCUGUCUCCAUGGUAAAUUCAUGUGCAUGAGCAUAAUGUUAUCUAUAUGAAACACGUGAACUAAUGCCCGCUAGUGGUGAAAAACGAUCAAAAUGCAUUUAGAUUAGAGGCGACCUUCAAGGUCUAAGAAAUUAGCAUAUGAACCUCUUAGGUUUAGCUUUCAACUAAGAAUACCAAGUGAACAAAGCAAAAUUGGUGAUAAAAGUAAAUUGGAAAGUUGUUUAAAAUGACAUGCCCUAUUUGAAACAUGAAAGUUUUUUUGGACUUGACUGUCCCUUUAAAUAAGAUGAAGAUGUCACUUAGAAGGUGGAUCUGUAUAAGUUAAUGGUGGAAUAGUGUAGUUUGUAUACAGCAUAUGUUACACAUUGUUUGCAUUUAUUAAGUAAUGCUCCUUUUGACUAUAUAACGAUAUACAACAUUUUUACAAUAAAAUAAAAGAAUAUUGGAAUCCA